GGGCAAUUCAGACAGUUAAGCAGGCAGCAGAGCAGUGCGGUUUGUCGCCAUUUUGUUUAUUUUCGCGUAAAAGAGAUCCGAGAGACGAUCAUCCAAGCAGAUCGUUCUGUCUUCGUCCGGGAAAACGUCAGCUGAGUGCAUCUGUGACCACGUUAGAAAGCUGGAAGAACUGGUAAAAAAACUCGCUCGCACGGGGGCUUGUUGGCAGAGGUUGGAACAAAUAUUAAGAUUAAGACGUAACGGAGUCGAGGUUCGCAAGAAGUACGUAGGUCUCCCGAUUAGUAGCGCGCCGGUUCCGCGGUGCGGAAUCCGUUUCUCGGAUCGGACGAGAAAGAGCGAGUGAGUAGAAACCGAAAAGCGGAAGGAAGACAGUUGCCACGAGAGUAAGAAAAGAUACAACCGUAGCGACAAGAGAAGGAACAACGAAAGAAUUACGAAAAUAUCGCACAAGGGUGGAAUAUAUACAGUGGGCGUCCCCUGAAAAACUGGGGCUACGCGAUAGUUGCUGAAAUUGGUCACAUCGCGAGUAAAUAUCAAUCGUCGUCGUGUGGUAAAACAACGUCGCUGUCGAAUCGUGGUGGUAGUGACGCGAACCUGGGUGCGAUUGAAAUUGAGCAGCCGCAGCAGAGAAGUCGCUCGGGCAAAAGUCUUCCGUCCUCGACGUAGAUAGUCGGUACAUCGAACAACAACCAAUUUGUGCUUAAAAUUCGUUCGUGGAUAUAUCAUUUAAACUACCUUCGGAAGUAACCUCGACGGCGGAAGCCGCCUCCGAGGUACCCGGCGCAUUCAAGACGACCAUCAAUAUCGGCAUUGCGAUGAACCACGUUAACGACCAGGAAAACCUUAAACAGCUCAACCUGGCACCAGUUCAGGUCAAUGAAGUCGAAGAAAUGGAUACGCAAGAAGAAACACCAAAUGAUGGUGGCGGAGAUGGUAAUGAUACUAGUCCUAUGAAUGGAGAAUCGGAAUUAGCUUGUAUAGUUCAAGAUCAAGAAAUGGAAGAAGAUGAAGCAAGAUCAGAAGCAACAUUUCGCUACACGGCAGAAAAUGUUUCAAAAAUGAAAGAUACUCAACUAUCACCACCAUGUUACGUUCGUAACUUGCCAUGGAAAAUAAUGAUAAUGCCAAGGUCAAGUCAAGCACAAGAAAGACCACAACAAAGGUCGCUUGGUUUUUUUCUUCAAUGUAAUGGAGAAAGUGAAUCAGCAUCAUGGAGUUGUUAUGCAGUUGCAGAUCUUCGGUUACUUUCUUGUAAAGAAGGACAGGAACCAUUCAGCAGAAAGAUUCAGCACCUAUUCUACAGUAAAGAAAAUGAUUGGGGAUUUAGUCAUUUUAUGACAUUGCAAGAUGUCCUUGAUCCUGAUAAAGGUUUUAUUAAAGAUGAUUCUAUUACACUGGAGGUUCAUGUAACAGCUGAUGCUCCACAUGGUGUCAGUUGGGACAGUAAAAAACAUACAGGAUUUGUAGGUUUAAAAAAUCAAGGUGCUACAUGUUACAUGAAUUCUUUGCUUCAAACUUUAUAUUUUACCAAUCAAUUACGCAAAGCAGUCUACAAAAUGCCAACAGAAAGUGAUGAUUCUAGCAGAAGCGUUGCUUUGGCUUUACAAAGGGUUUUUCACGAAUUACAAUUUUCUGAUAAGCCAGUAGGUACAAAAAAAUUAACCAAAAGUUUUGGUUGGGAAACAUUGGAUUCUUUCAUGCAGCAUGAUGUACAAGAAUUUUUACGUGUGCUUUUAGACAAGUUGGAAAGUAAAAUGAAAGGAACAUGUGUAGAGGGUACAGUACCAAAAUUAUUUGAGGGGAAAAUGGUGUCAUUUAUUAAAUGUAAAAAUAUUGAUUACAAAUCAACCAGAGUUGAAACUUUCUAUGAUAUCCAGUUAAAUAUAAAGGGCAAGAGAAAUAUUUAUGAAUCGUUUAAUGACUAUGUAAGCACUGAAAGUCUGGAUGGUGAUAAUAAAUAUGACGCGGGAGAACAUGGAUUACAGGAAGCGGAAAAGGGUGUUAUUUUUUCAUCGUUUCCACCAGUUUUACAUUUGCAUUUAAUGCGAUUUCAAUAUGAUCCAGUUACGGAUUGUUCUGUCAAAUUUAAUGACAGGUUUGAGUUUUAUGACAAAAUAAGUCUUGGCAAAUAUUUACAAAAUAAAGCAGCAACGAGUGCCGAUUAUACAUUGCACGCGGUCUUAGUUCAUAGUGGAGAUAAUCAUGGUGGACAUUAUGUUGUAUUUAUCAAUCCAGCCGGUGAUGGAAAAUGGUGUAAAUUCGACGAUGAUGUCGUCUCGAGGUGUACAAAGCAGGAAGCCAUUGAGCAUAAUUAUGGUGGUCAAGAUGAGGACAUAACCAUACCUGUGAAACACUGUACGAACGCCUAUAUGUUGGUGUACAUAAGGAAUUCCGAGUUGGAGAACGUCUUGCAAGAAGUUAAGGAAGAGGAUAUACCUCAAGAGCUGGUGGAGAGGCUGCAAGAGGAGAAGAGGCUGGAACAAAUAAGAAGAAAGGAAAGAACAGAAGCAUACUUGUAUAUAACUGUCAACGUCCUUCUUGAGGAUAACUUUGACGGUCACCAAGGGAAUGACUUGUAUGAUCCAGAGCAUGCUUUGUAUCGUGUAUUUCGCAUACGUAAGCAGUGUACCUUGCACGAGUUUCUCGACUUGCUGAGUGAUAGCUUGAAAUAUCCAAUAGAGCAAAUUCGUUUAUGGCCAUUGAACGUACGUUCGAACCAGACCUGUAGACCAAUGCCACUUGAAUUAGAUGUUGAUCUGCAAAGAUCCAUUUACCAAUGCACGGAGAAUCCAAAUGUUUGGAACGUGUUUGUCGAACUUGUUCCUCCAGAUUCAGAUUUAAGAGCAUUACCACCUUUUGAUAAGGACACUGAUGUUUUAUUAUUUUUUAAACUAUAUGAUCCUAAUAACAAGAAAAUUCAUUAUUGUGGUCAUCAUUAUAUGCCUGUCACAGCUAAAGUCCAGGAACUUAUACCAAUUUUAAAUGAAAGAGCUGGAUUUCCGCCGGAUACAGAAUUAGCGCUUUACGAAGAAAUUAAACCGAACUUGGUAGAAAAAAUAGAUAAUCUAACAGAGCCAUUGGAAAAAGUUCUUGAAGAAUUGAUGGAUGGAGAUAUCAUUGUUUUUCAAAAAGAAGGUGACAAUCAAGCAUAUGAACUCCCAACCUGUAAAGAAUACUUCAAGGAUCUAUUCCACAGAGUAGAAGUAACGUUUUGUGAUAAAACAAUUCCUAAUGAUCCAGGCUUUACAAUGGAACUUUCAUUGAGAAUGACAUAUGAUCAAAUGGCAAGAGCAGUGGCACAAAGGGUUGGGACAGAUCCAUAUCUUCUGCAGUUCUUUAAAUGUCAAAAUUACAAAGAUUCGCCCGGACAUCCAUUAAAAUGUACGUUUGAAGGUUCACUUAAAGAAUUGGUUUCUUUUUGUAAACCAAAAACAAAGAAAUUAUAUUAUCAGCAGCUCAGUAUUAGAGUAAAUGAGCUUGAAAACAAAAAGCAAUUUAAAUGUAUAUGGGUUGGGCCGUCUCUUAAAGAAGAGAAGGAAAUUAUUCUCUAUCCUAAUAAAAAUGGAACUGUGGCUACUUUACUCGAAGAAGCUAAAAAACAAGUCGAAUUAUCCGAAAAUGGUUCUGGAAAAUUAAGGAUACUAGAAAUUAAUUGUAGUAAACUUUCGCCUGGUCCAAAAGAAGAUGUACCUUUAGAUAACUUAAAUGCAAGUGGCACAAAAUUAUACAGGAUAGAAGAAAUUCCAAACGAUGAAUUAAAUUUAGCAGACGACGAAAUGUUGAUUCCCGUUGCACAUUUUCACAAGGAUGUUUUCUCAACAUUUGGUAUUCCCUUUUUCUUUAAAAUUAAACAUGGUGAACCUUUCCCAAAAAUGAAGGAAAGAUUAUUGAAGAAAUUAGGAGUACAAGAAAAGGAAUUCGAGAAGUUUAAGUUCGCGGUGGUGACGAUGGGUAAACCACACUUUAUUAUGGAUUCGCCAGGAUACAUGGUCGAUCUUGCAGACUUCCACACUCAUGCAAACCAGAUUUAUCCACUUUUAAAAGCAGGCACAUCGCCACAGAGGCCUUGGCUUGGUUUGGAACACGUCAACAAAGCGCCAAAGCGUUCUCGUAUCAACUAUCUCGAAAAGGCCAUUAAAAUUUACAAUUAAAUUUUCAUCAUACGAAGAGGAAUAAAAUUAGGCAGCCACUCAUAUAAUUUAUACGACUUUAUAGUAAGAAAGCGACGUCUGACACAAAAUGGAAAUGCGUUUAUGUUUUCGGUUCUUCAACCAGGUUGUGCGCGGUUUUAAUAUUAUGAUCAUAUUAACGAAAGGUAAAUCUAUGCUUUGUAUACGAUGGAUUAAGAGAGUGUAAUGAACAUGCAAUGAUACUUUGUGCAUCAUGGAACUUCUCCCUUUCGAAUCAACAGGGAUUUUACGUAGUGGCUGGAUCGAUGGUACUACGUCGAUUUCGCAGUGUAUCAACAACGGAUUAUAGAUACUUCUAUCAGUGAAAUCAAUUUUUGUAAUUGUAAAUAUUUUACCGCUUGAAUGGCAGUCAUUUAAAAAAUAUUUUUGAGGACAGUGUUUUCAAUACAUUCAAUUCUAUCAAGAGCAAGAAUUUAUUUAAAUAUGUAUUUCAUUACGAAUGUAAUUACGGAUUGCAACUGCAGAAUGAAGAUAUCUCAAGUGAGGAAACAAAGAGGUAUUUAUAAAUGCAGCAUAAUAUUACUUUUAUAGAAAAGUUAAUUUUUUUCUAAAUUUUGGUUAUUUGAUCCUGCCACGUAAAAUCUUUGUGUUGAUUUAAAAUGAUCUAGAGAGAUGUUAUAUACUGUUCUUCAUGAUGUAAUACUUAACGCUCAUUACAUACUCCUGUUUUAUACCAUAUUCAGGAUGUUUGAAACGCAGAUUUACAGCUAUGUACUGUAAUAUAACAUGCUGCACACUGAGGUAUUUUCUACGAAAAAUAAAUGUUAACAUUUUGUUCAUAAUCUCAUUUCUUAUAACAUGCAUUUUUGUUUGUACAUUAAAAAAAUCGUUAUCGAUCCUUAAUUUAAAAGAAACGUAAACAAAGUUUUGUUUGCCAUUGUUAUAUCAAAACUUAAUAUAAAACACUUAUUAGAUGGUUUAUCAGUAAAAUUUCUGAGUUGCCUUCCAAACACCCUGGACCUUUUUGCGUUUGAAUAUAUUCUUUUCUGUAUGUGCUUUAUACGCCUAUUCCUAUAUAUUUUACUGAGACUAUACAAUUUUGCAAAUAUAUAACAGUAGACUAACAUAUUAAUGAGGCAGAGUUUUAAUUUAAAAAGAAAAGAACGUGUCGAGCAUAGUAAAUGCUCAACUCAUCUCGCAUUGAAUGUAAGUAACUAUAUUAAAAAUACAGAGAACUAAACUAUUAUUUAAAAAGAAAAAUCAUUUCACGAUUUCAUGUUUAUCGUUAUCUUAAGCUUUUUUUUUAUUAGUUAAUGUUCUACAGUCUUUUCUUCAUUUUUAAUUCAUCACAUAUUUCGAAUCUACUUCUGAAUAUUUUUUGCGUGAAGACUUGCCACGAUAUUAUACGAGAUCUCCUAUUAUUUAUGAAUCUUACAUUAUUCAAUGUUUCUCCUGCCUUAACUGUGAUUAAAGUCUUUCUUCAAGAGGCGUUCAAACUACGUAGCCCCGAAAUACCUAAGAAUGUUAUUAAAUGGACGAAGAUGGAGCAAUUUAUUUCAUUUAUUUAAUAAAUAAAGUUUUUUUUUUUUUGUAGAGACUAGUUUGUCACAAUUAUAAAAAAGAAUGAUGGUUUUAAAAUUUACAACAAAACGUAAAAUAUGUCAAGUUAACAAAUUUAAUUCAGUCGAAUUAACUGUUAGUCGGUUAGGGUAAUAAAUUGCUGCAACUCAAUCGAAACGAUAACUUAUAUCAAUAUUAAGUGUAUAAUUUAAAGAAGUAUGUCAAAUAUAGUUCUAAUACUGUGAAAGAAUUAUCGUGUUUCGCGAUAUAUUACGUUUCUUGAGCGCAUUCCAAGAUUGGCGAACAUUCUAUAAAUGAACAAUAUAUAAGAAACUUAUGCGACGUACAGUGACAGUUAUGAAAGCUGGAUAUACUAGUUAUGAGGAUGUGUUACAAUACUUUGUAAAAAAUCUAAACGUCUGUGUAUAGUAGUUGUUUGACUACAUACAACCGUGAUUUAAAUUAUGUGCAUGUUUCAAACAUUAUGCUGUUGUACACCCAACUUAUUACUAGUUACUUCUGUUUUCAAAAUUUAUAUUCUGCAGUAUAAUGGAUAAUAUUUUCUCAAUGAAAAUAUUUGUGUAAAAAGUAGAACUAAUGAAAAUUUUCAGAUUUUAAGACACUCAGUGUACUGAGGUAUUUUUUACAUACUGAAAAUUGACAUUUUUUUAACGAUAUUGAACUAAUUGCGGAUGUUCCUGACUGCAUUUUUAUUAAGAUGUAAAGACAAAACACCACAUUAGACAGAAUGUUUUUGUUAAUUCACACAUGAAAAUGACAGCCUUCGUUCGAAGGAAAUUACGAUCAUAUAUGUUAUCUUGGAAACUCUGAAAAUAUGGAUUACAUUUUGUUGUUUAUAUAUACAUAUAUAUGUCGGAUAUAUAUAUAUAUAUAAAUUGUAUACAUAUAUUUCGUUACUACGUUCCUUGAUCAAUACCAAUAAUGACGAUGAUCUUGAAGUUGAAGCUAGUAUGAAUACUUAAGAUGAUAUUAUCAGUAACUGUGUAUUUUUUGCACGAAAUCAUAAAGAAGUUUAUUGGAAGAGUUGUUUAAGUUAUUGUACUAUACUAAAAAAUGAAAGUAUCAGACGCAUAUGUAUUAAAUGAUUCGCAACAGGACGUACUUCUGAUACAUAAUGCUUGUAAUUAGUUGUAGCGUGUUUCUGUGUUUUUGUACAGCUAACUUUGUAGCAGCUGCUCAAUUGCGAUUGUAAAUUUGAACUAUAAGUUUUCAGUAGUUUUUUUCUAAGCAAAUAAAAGCAAACUGCAUAGCAGAUAUGCAUAAAAGAAAUAAUUGAUAAUAAAAUGAAAAAAAAAACCGAUAUUUUAUCAUUCUGACUGAUGUUUUGUUUAGCGCGAGUAAUUCUAUUUUAUGUAUUUGAAUUUUCAUUAAUAUAUAUAUAUUUUUUUUAAUAUUA